AUGGAUUGCGACGUUCUGGCCGGUGAGCAAGGCCCAUCGUGCUUUACAGUGAAGCAAAUCCCGGACAUAAGCAAAGUYAUCCACGUGCGAUUUGUAGAACACGGCGAUUUGGAUGCCGCAAGGGAAUCCUUUAAUGCCUCCGAGACAUCCCCCAAAAGGAGAAAGGUUAUUCCUGCCUCAAGUCCACAAAAAACUCCCCGCGAUGUCAAAUUAACCGUUGCGGAAAGCCGAUUCGUGCCAAGAAGCCUAUCGGUGGUAGACAUGUUACGGCUCGRAAGAACAAUUAACAACAAAUACACGAGUAUYAAGCUACACAGCUUCGACAUGACAUCUAUGGUUUGGUCUAGUGAGUGCAGAAGUGUCGAUUUUUUAAUCGACACCCAACCAUUUGGAACURGAGGAUUCCGCRAAGCCUUUAAAGCCACCAGCUUCGACAGGGAAUUUGGGGAUAAAAAGUGGGUUGUGAAACGCUACCUCCCUCAGGCAGUCAAAGACAUACAAAUGGUGGGACAAACCGUGGAACAGCAAUCAAAGAAAGUUAUUCAAAUGGAUAAUUUGGCAAGGAACUUUUCGUCGCAACUGCUCGAAGAACUUCACAAAAAGGAUGUCUUCGAAGAUUUUGGCGAGACGCACCGCUAUAAGAAGAUUUUCCUCGGUGAAAGGAAUUCCGAAUUCGUCACUAUCGAAGAGCUUGUAGAAGGAACAUUUGUCAAGUACGUAAAUAACGACGGCAUGAUCUGUGGUAAGGAAGGCGAAACACUUACCGAAAAAGCCGAAUGCCUAGUGCAUUUUUCCUUUGAGCGCUCCAAUAAACAACUAAUGCUGCUAGACAUUCAAGGUUGCGCAUAUGAGCUUUUUGAUCCCGAAAUUGCAUCUGUCGAACUCACAGAUGACAAAUCGGAACUUCUCUUUUGUACGGGCAACACGAGCGUGCAGGGAAUCGAUAACUUCAUCAAGAAUCACAAAUGCAACGUAUACUGCAGACUCUUAGAUCUCUCGGCUCUGGAAGUUGUUUCUGAAGUUUAG